GACAAAAUGUUUAAAAAAAAAAUCAAUAAUCUCUAUUGCUCUGUUUCUUUCCUCUCUUUCUCGCUUUAAAAACAAAAGUAGAAAGUGGAAGAAGAAGAAGAAAGAACGAGUUUGUAGCUGGUAGUUGCGUUUCUUUCUCUUUUCUUUUAUAAAAAAAAUCCAUAUUUCUCUCUCAGUUACCUAUUCUUCUGUUUCUCUCUACGCGCCAACAUAAUCUUCCUCUGCUCUUUUUCUUUUUAUCUAAAAAAAAGAUUGUUAUAAUUUCCCAGAUUGAAUCUGAUUCUGUGUUCCUCCUACUUACUUUUUUGAUUGAUUUCUCUGCUGACCAAAGCAGAAAUGAGAGAGAAAGGGGGUUUGAUGAUGAUUCUCGUGUUUGUAGUCUCUUUCUCAAUCACUGUUUUGUGAUGGGUUCUUCUGAUGAAUAAAUAAACAAAAAAUCUCUUUUCUUGUGUGUGUGUGUGGUUGCCAAUAGAAACAAUAGAAAUAAAAAUCUACAUAGAUCUCUCUCUUCCUCCUUUUUCCUCUUUUAAACCUUUUUGUGGUUGAAUUAUAUUUUUAUUUGUAAGAAGAAAACGUGUUUUUCUUUCUGUCUUUGAAGACUCAACCCAGAAGUCAUACCUUUUGCCUUUCCUUUGAAAGUAGCUGGAACUAAUAUAAAAAGAGAGAUCUCUGAAUCAUCAUCAUUGCUGCCACUUGUGGUGAUUGUACAAAGCAGUUGGUCUGGAGUGCCUUUUCAAUAUAAUCAGGGCCCUGAGAAUGGGGUCCUGUUUAUCUGCUGAGAGCAUGAGUCCUAGACCGGGCUCUCCUUGCUCUCCUGGCUUUGGUGUCAGGAAAAGAAAAAACUCCAAGAAGAGACUUGGUUCCUCCAGAAACUCCUCCUUUAAUUCGAGGAGAGAUGAUGAUCCUCUGCACCGAGUUCCCGGUCGGAUGUACUUGAAUGGAUCAAGUGAGGUUGCUUCUAUCUUCACUCAACAAGGCAAGAAAGGCCCUAAUCAAGAUGCCAUGGUUGUUUGGGAGAGUUUUGGUUCAAGGACAGAUACAAUCUUCUGUGGAGUGUUUGAUGGGCAUGGUCCUUUUGGUCAUAUGGUUGCAAGGAGAGUCAGAGACAAUCUUCCUCUCAAACUAAGUGCUUAUUGGGAAGCUAAAGUACCUGUUGAAGAUCCUCUAAAGCCCAUCACCACUGCUAAUAGUGCAAGCAACAUAAACAACUCUGAAGAUGCUUCAGCUUCUUUUGUAUCUGCUGAGGAAGAACCUAGGCCACCAGAGAACACGGAAUCUGAACUGUUUCAAACUCUGAGAGAGGCGUUUCUCAAGGCUUUUAAAGUUAUGGACAGAGAACUUAAGUUCCAUGGAAGCGUUGACUGUUUCUGCAGUGGUACAACUGCUGUGACUUUGAUCAAACAGGGUGAGUAUCUCGUUGUUGGAAACGUUGGAGACUCAAGAGCUGUGUUGGGCACAAGAGACGAUGAGAAUGGUCUUGUUGCUGUUCAACUAACUGUGGAUCUCAAACCAAAUCUACCAGCUGAGGAAGAGAGGAUAAAGAAGUGCCGUGGACGUGUGUUUGCGCUUAGAGAUGAGCCUGAAGUUUGUAGAGUCUGGCUACCAAACUGUGACUCACCUGGACUUGCAAUGGCACGUGCUUUCGGAGACUUUUGCCUUAAAGACUUUGGUCUAAUCUCUGUCCCUGAGGUUUCGUUUCGCCGGUUAACUGACAAAGAUGAGUUUAUAGUGUUGGCUACAGAUGGGAUUUGGGAUGUGCUCUCAAACGAAGAGGUAGUGAAGAUUGUGGCUUCAGCACCAUCUCGUUCCUCUGCAGCAAAAGCUUUAGUUGAGACCGCGGUUAGAGCCUGGAGACACAAAUACCCGACCUCCAAAGUCGAUGACUGUGCUGCGGUCUGCUUGUAUCUAAACUCCAACGACUCAAACGGCAUAUCCACAGCUUCUUCCUUCUCCAAACUUGAAGAUGAUGAAGAUGAGAUUGAUGAUGAUGGAUCAGUAGGUCCAAGCGGUCUAGGACGUUCGAGUACUGUCAGGACCACAGGGAAAGAGAUUGCUCUCGACGAAAGCGAAGCUGAGAAGCUGAUUAAAGAAGAGGAUACAGAGCAUGGAACAGAGUACUCUGCACUAGAAGGUGUUGCAAGAGUGAAUACUCUUUUGAACUUACCAAGAUUUGUGCCUGGAAAGUGAAAAAAGAGUAAAGAAGAGUUUGAAGUGUGACAAGAACAUGAUCAUCAAAAUAAAUCACUCAGGAGAGGUUCUGUGUUUUUUUCCCCACCUUUCUACAUUUGAUCUCUUAUUCUUUGUUUUUUUUCUUAAUCUGUUAGAGAUUCAUUGUUUUUUUUUUGGAACUACUUAAAUACUUUUGUCAGUUUUGUCCU